CAACGGUCUGACGUUAUCCCCUUUGAAAUGGCGCUGAGGCUGUUUAGUACGCCGUUAUUUCUAGUGGAUAUGCUCGUUUAGCUCUUUUAAAGUUAAGAUCUUCUAUUGCACUGCGAACAUCUGUACCUGCCUUUUGACUUUGGGUGCCAUUGAGUUGCAAAACAAAAAUGUGUCGAAGGAAAUUGUUAAAAAUUUACGUUGCAUAAUAAGGCCGCGGAGGCCCCCGAGCUCGCGUAGAGAUUACAACCGCUCGUCAGUGCGCGGCCCUGCUGCAGACCUACACUUCGGUUUUCAGGAGAAUCCCAUCGUGCAUCUCUGUCAGAAGUAUCUGGAGAUAAAAUGGCAUCAGUGCCAGUGUACUGCUUGUGUCGCCUGCCCUACGAUGUGACACGCUUCAUGAUCGAGUGUGACAUUUGUCAAGACUGGUUUCAUGGAAGCUGUGUCGGAGUAGAAGAGGGCAAAGCAACUGAGAUUGACCUCUAUCACUGCCCCAACUGCCAAGUUACCCAUGGGCCAUCUGUUAUGCGUAAACGGCGUGGAGGCAAUAAGCACACAGAGAGAAGUGCUGGUGUAGGAAGAGACCCAACUCGGCCCGUUAAGACCGGAAGUUCACAGUUUGUUAGGGAGCUUCGAAGCCGCACUUUCCCAAGUGCUGAUGAGAUCCUGCUCAAGCCAUCUGGAGUGCAGCUGACAGUUGAGUUUCUGGAAGAGCAUUCGUUCAGCGUUCCUGUUAUGGUGUUGAGGCGGGAUGGCUUAGGCAUGACCCUUCCUCCAUCCUCCUUCAGUGUCAGUGACAUAGAGCACUACAUUGGUCCAGAUAAAGAGAUUGAUGUGAUUGACGUUCCUCGGCAGUGCGAUCUGAAGAUGCGGCUAGGAGACUUUGUUGAAUACUACAAUAGCCCCAACAGAGACAAAGUUCUCAAUGUCAUCAGCCUUGAGUUCUCUGACACCAGGCUCUCAAACUUGGUGGAGACCCCCAAGAUUGUGAGGAAACUUUCAUGGGUGGAAAACCUCUGGCCUGUGGAGUCUGUGUUUGAACGCCCCAAUGUGCAGAAGUACUGUUUGAUGGGGGUGAAAGAUAGCUACACAGACUUCCACAUUGAUUUUGGAGGCACCUCCGUUUGGUACCAUGUGCUGAGGGGUGAGAAAAUAUUCUACCUUAUAUCUCCCACUCCAGCCAAUCUGGCACUUUUUGAGCGCUGGAGUUCCUCAUCCAACCAGAAUGAGAUGUUCUUUGGAGAUCAGGUUGAUAUGUGUUACAAGUGUUCUCUCAAACAAGGAAACACCCUGUUCAUACCAACAGGAUGGAUUCAUGCCGUGUUGACCCCUGUGGAUUGCCUUGCUUUUGGAGGAAACUUCUUGCAUAGUCUCAACAUUGACAUGCAGCUUAGGGCAUAUGAAAUAGAGAAGAGGUUAAGCACAGCUGAACUGUUCAAAUUUCCAAACUUUGAGACGGUUUGUUGGUAUGUGGGGAAGCACCUUCUUGAUACCUUUAGAGGUUUGAGAGAAAAUCGCAGACACCCUGCAAGUUAUCUCGUUCAUGGAACUAAGGCUCUGAACAAUGCCUUCCGCAGCUGGACCCGCAAAGAGGCCUUAGCUGAGCAUGAAAUGGAGAUACCAGAGAACAUCAAUACUCAGACAUUAGUAAAGGACCUGGCCAAGGAGAUUCGUCUUGUAGAGGAUAUAUUUCAACAGAACCUCGGUCGCACAGGAACUCAGUUUCCAGGUGCAUCACUCACUAAACCUCCCCUCAGCGCCUCACAGAACUCUGGACGCCCGCCUGGGAAAAAGAAAGGGCCGAAGCCCAAAGAGGUGUUGGGUGGUUUGGGGACCCCUGGAGCUAAAAAGAAAGGGCCGAAGGGACUUGUCAAAUCAGAAGCAGAAGAACUUGACCUGAUUGAGAUCCAUACCAAACAUACACUCAAAAAAAUUCAACCUGGCAAGUCCAAGCACAAGAACAAGAUGGAGCUGCCUGUAGAGGAGUUUGAGGGAAAGCUAAAUAAAAACAAACUUAAACUUGUUCUCAGCAAUGGAAAAAUCCAAGGUCAAAAAGAUGGCAGCAGUAAUGGUGCAGGGAGUGCUGCAAACUACAAACAUCUCGCCACAGACAAAUCCAGUCUUUCAGAACUGGAGUCUGAGGAUGAACUGCAGAUUGACGAAACCCCCCCUCCACGACGCAAGUCUGCUGGACCGAACAAGAAGAAAAAACUCAGCGGUCUACCCAGGAAGCUGCCUAGAGCUAAACCUUGUUCUGACCCUAAUCGCAUCAGGGAACCAGGAGAAGUAGACUUCGACAUUGAGGAGGACUAUACUACUGAUGAAGAGGCGCUGGCAGCCCAUGGAGUGAAAGGUGGUGCAGGAGGCAUUCUUGAUCUGUUAAAGGCCAGCAAACAAGUGGCGGGCUUAGACCCUGCAACACUCAGUGAGGAAGCCCCAGCCUCUCCCAGCACUCGAGAUGCCAUCCAAGGUAUGCUGUCCAUGGCCAACCCCCCUUCCUCGUCCUCCUCUUCCUCCUCCUCUUCUCCUUCAUCUCUCUCUGGGGGCCUGACAGAAGGAUUAAGGGUCAUCAAGGAAAAGGGUGGAAGAGCUGUGUGGUUGACAGGAGGAAUCAAGAAGACUUCGAACCUUGAGAAGAAACCAAUCAUCCAGCGGCCCGGAAAACGACCAAUCAAAAGGCCAGCUCGUCAUCUGAGCGAUGAAGAAAGCCCUGAUGAGCAAGAGACACUUGGGACUUGUUUUAAAGAUUCAGAUUAUGUAUACCCGUCUUUGGAGUCUGAUGAGGAAGACCAUAUCAGCAAAACUAAGAUGAAGAGGAAGAAAAACUGGGAUGACACACCUUGGAGCCCUAAAGCAAGAGUGAUGCCGACUCUUCCUAAACAAGAGCGACCUGCCAGGGAAGGGGCCAGAGUUGCCUCUGUAGAAACAGGCCUUGCGGCAGCUGCUGCCAAGUUGGCACAACAAGAACAGCAAAAACCUGCUAAAAGGAAGUACACCAAAAAGCAACAUCCUCCUCCUCCUGUCGUCAGUCCUCCUCCUGUUCAAAGUGAACCAGCCCCACCCUCUCCAACAUCUGCUCCAGAGUCUGCAGCAGAUCUCAGCCCAGACAGGAGAAUGGAUUAUUACUCUGCCAGUUUGUUAGACCAUGAAUACACAGCAGGGCCAGGACCUUUUGGUCCUGGAGGCCCCAGGGGCAGUGGAGCCAUGGCUCCUGGUGUGUUCCUCACUUCUCGAAGGCCUUCCCUGUCGCCUCAAAAUAGCAGUUGUCAUUCUGGUGCAUCCCCUGCAAGUUUAGCCAGCCAAGGAAUAACAGGAAUCGGUCAAGGCAAACGCCCAAAGAAAGGACUUGCGACUGCAAAACAGAGACUUGGAAAAAUUCUGAAAAUUCAUCGCAAUGGAAAACUUCUCUUGUGAGAGAUACUAAAAAAUGUGGCUGAAGACCGUAAGAAUGAAGAAAAUGCCCAAGUGAAGUAAUCGGAAUACAUAAAAGAGGGUUAUAUUUUGUACUUUUGUUUAUUUUUUUUCCACUUGUGAUUAAACCUCAUUACAUGUUGUCCUUCAGAACCCACUUACCCACAUCUGCAUCAAGGUCAGAGGCACAUCUGUGACUUAUGGAAAUCACUGUCAUUUUCUGGUAGCACACUUAAUGUGUAAAUUAUUUGUUAAUAUCACAAAUUUGAUACUGAUAGUGGACAUUUUUGCAGAUAAUUGGGCUUUAAUUUAGAGUGAUUAUAGUUAUUUUUUAUUUUUUAAAUUUUUAAACUUGUUUUUGCGCUCUGAAAUUGUACUGUCCAUUUUGCAUUUUUAAAGGGAAAGUUCAAAUAAGUGCAAACUAAUUCUGUAGUUUUGUUUAUUUUAAUAGUCCCAUUUAUUCCAGUUGUUAUAAACUUGUUUGGCAGGUAAUAUUCCAGGACACCGUGUCCUCAUUUAUUGACAUCCUUCAUAUGGUUUUAUUUAUUAUUUUACGUAUUUAUUUACUAAGGCAGAAUUUUGUGAUUUUUCUAGCCUGUUUUAAUGUAGCAUGUUUUUGCCUCCCCUUUUUCAUAAUCUGUAUGUUCGA